AUAAAGCUGAUCUUCAAUGAAUUAUCUAAAUCAAAUAUCCGGCUUUUUUUUAAAUGGGGUCAUUUUACGGAACUGGUUUUUAGAGUCGGUCAACUUUUACAAAUUUUCCAUUGCCAAAUCCCCGCCUCCGAUUAAGGCUUAGACCCUCCGGCCUCCGGGAAAUGCUUCUUCGCGGCGGAGCCACCGAACUUUCUCUCUGCAAUUCUAUUAUCUUGAUUCCGAACACUAACACUAAACGAAAGCUCCUUCUCCCUAUGCGCGCCUCUCUAUUCUCUCCUCUCUCCUUCUCUUUCCUCCGCUCACUUACCCUAUCAUUAUCUAUCCACUGCCGCCGCAAUCCCCGAAGCAAUUGCCUCCGUAUUGUUCGCUCUCUCUCUUCUUCCCCUCUUUCAGCAACCAGACCUCGUAUAUCUUCUCAAGUCUCCUCCGCCACUGCACAGCCCAGCACUUUCGUCGAACAUGAGGAUGAGGAUGAGGAGAAUUGGAAAUUUUCUGCUAUUAGAGAGGGUGAGGAAUUUCAGUUCGAUGAAAGUGGCAGUGCAGGUGCGGAUUUGAAGCACCUACAGAUUCCGGCACUGGAGGUGAAAGAGCUGGAUGAGCUACCGGAGGAGUGGAGGAGGGCUAGAUUGGCUUGGCUGUGUAAGGAGCUUCCUGCGCACAAGGUGGGCACGCUUGUUAGGACUCUUAAUGCGCAGCGCAAGUGGUUGAGGCAGGAGGAUGCCACCUAUCUCGCUGUUCAUUGCAUGCGUAUUCGCGAGAACGAGACUAGUUUUAGGGUAUACAAAUGGAUGAUGCAGCAAAGCUGGUAUCGAUUUGAUUUUGCUCUUUCAACCAAGUUAGCAGAUUACAUGGGUAAGGAGAGAAAGUUCUCCAAGUGCCGGGAGAUAUUUGAUGACAUAAUCAAUCAGGGUCGUGUGCCUAGUGAAUCAACAUUUCAUAUUUUGAUUGUUGCAUAUCUAAGUGCCCCAGUUCAGGGUAGCCUGGACGAAGCAUGUGGUAUCUACAAUAGGAUGAUUCAGCUGGGCGGUUACCAGCCCCGACUGAGCUUGCACAACUCUCUCUUUAGAGCUCUCCUGAGCAAGCCAGGAGGUACUUCAAAACUUUACCUUAAACAGGCUGAGUUUAUUUUUCAUAAUUUGGUAACCUCUGGACUUGAGAUACACAGGGAUAUUUAUGGUGGCCUGAUUUGGCUACAUAGUUAUCAGGAUGCAAUAGAUAAAGAAAGAAUUGCAGCACUUAGGGAAGAGAUGCAACAAGCUGGAAUAGCUGAGGGCAGAGAUGUGAUUGUCUCAGUUUUGCGAGCUUGUGCGAAGGAUGGUGAUGUGGAGGAAGCUGAAAGAAGUUGGCUUGAUCUCCUCCGAGCUGAUGGUGCUAUACCAAUGCAGGCAUUUGUAUAUAAAAUUGAAGUCUAUGGAAAGAUUGGGAAAUCCAUGAAAUCCUUGGAGAUAUUUAGAGAGAUGCAGAAAUGUUUCGGUUCUGCUAAUGUUGCAGCAUAUCAUAAAAUCAUAGAGGUUUUAUGCCAAGCUCAAGAAAUCGAACUUGCAGAAUCCUUGAUGCAGGAGUUCAUAAAGACUGGAAUGAAGCCUCUUGUGCCAUCUUUCACUGACCUGAUGAAUAUGUACUUGAAUUUAUCCUUACAUGAUAAACUAGAGUCAACUUUCUCCCAGUGCCUCAGAACAUGCCAACCUAACCGUAACUUAUAUAAUAUAUAUUUGGAUUCCUUGGUGAAGGUGGGUCAUCGUGAAAAAUCUGAGGACAUCUUCAAUCAAAUGUGUAGCAAUGAGGCAAUUAAUGUCAACAGUAAAUCAUGCAACAUCAUAUUAAGAGGGUACCUCUCUUCUGGAGAUUAUGUGAAGGCAGAAAAGAUAUAUGAUUUGAUUUGCCAGAAGAAGUAUGAUAUUGAUUCCCCAUUGAUGGAAAAGUUGGAAUAUGUUCUCAGCUUGAGCAGGAAAGAGGUCAAGAAGCCAGUAAGCAUGAAGCUCAGCAAAGAACAACGUGAGAUUUUAGUAGGUUUGCUAAUGGGCGGCUUGGUAAUUGAAUCAGAUGAAGGGAGGAAAAAUCACAUGAUUCGUUUUGAGUUCGAUGAAAGUUCUGGAAUCCAUUCUGUACUUAAGAGGCAUUUGCAUGAUCAAUACCAUGAGUGGUUGCAUCCUUCUUGUAAGCCUAGUGAUGGCAGUGAUGAUAUACCAGAUAGAUUCUCUACUAUCUCACAUUCGUAUUUUGGGUUCUAUGCAGACCAAUUUUGGCCAAAAGGCAAGCUCCAAAUACCAAAAUUAAUUCAUAGGUGGCUAUCGCCACAAGUUCUUGCAUACUGGUACAUGUAUGGGGGCCACAGAACAUCUUCAGGAGAUAUUUUGUUGAAGUUGAGGGGAAACGGUGAGGGUGUGGAGAACAUUGUUAAAACUUUGAGGGCAAAAUCUCUGGACUGCCGGGUUAAGAGAAAGGGGAAAAUUUUCUGGAUAGGUUUUAUUGGGAGCAAUUCUGCAUGGUUCUGGAAAUUGACAGAACCAUAUAUCUUGGAGGACUUAAAAGAGUUCCUAAAAGUAGGGGGUCAAAGCUUGGAUAAUAAUAGGUUAGAAGAUCGAGACAUAAGCUUUGACAGUGGAUCUGAUUCCGAUGAUAAGGGAUUUGAUGACGGUGGUGAUAAUUCAUAGGAUAAUGUCAAUUACAAUUGAAUGUUGUAGCUUGCAAUUGCUUGGUACUUGGUAGUUCACUGGCUUAUUGACGAUGGUGGAAACUUGUGCCCUUGGAUGAGUAAAUUGCAUUCUAGAAACCAGGGUUUGCAAACUCAACCUGUUCCUUGUCUCAUAAUGGGGUUUCCCAAGUUGUGAAUAUUAAGGUGCAUAUAUAUUUUUAGUUAUUCCUAUACUUUAACCAGUAAUGAAGUUCUUCUGAUACUUUCAAGAUGCCAUGGA